AACCGAUCAGCAACGCAGCGCAUGGCAGCUACACGCCUGCACCAUCGCACCGAUCCAGAGCGGCAGCAUUUAAACCAUCCUACGGUCGGAGGGUGCGAAAACGUGACGCGACAUAACUGCUAGCAGUCUAGCAGAGCCGUACGAGGCCCACGACGACGCCCGGUACUCCCCCACCUGCAGUCUGCGCCUUGCUAUAACUCCUCCCCUUUCCACCGCUCCACGACACCGUCGCUCUCGCCGGUCUAUCCAAUGGCCACUCGCCGCCGCCUCCUGCUCUUCCUCCUCCUCGUGCUUACCGCGACGACGCUACUGUCCCAAACCGCCGGCGCGACCGACGCCGACGAUGGCGGCCGCCAAGCGAAGAAAACGUACAUCUUCCGCGUCGACCACCGCGCCAAGCCGUCCGUGUUCCCGACCCACGCGCACUGGUACUCCUCCGCCGCUUUCGCCUCGGGCGCCGAUGCCGACGGGCCCCUCCUCGAGCCUCUCCACGUCUACGACACCGUCUUCCACGGCUUCUCCGCGUCGGUCUCCGCUCCCCGCGCCGACGCGCUGCGCCGCCACCCGGCCGUGCUCGCCGCGUUCGAGGACCGGGUCCGCCCGCUGCACACCACCAGGUCGCCGCAGUUCAUGGGCCUCCGCGCGCGCCUCGGGCUGUGGUCUCUCGCCGACUACGGCUCCGACGUCAUCGUCGGGGUGCUAGACACCGGCGUGUGGCCCGAGCGCCGCAGCCUCUCUGACAGGAACCUCCCGCCGGUCCCCGCCAGAUGGCGUGGCGGCUGCGACGCGGGCGCCGCUUUCCCGGCGUCGUCUUGCAACAGGAAGCUGGUCGGCGCGCGGUUCUUCUCGCAGGGCCACGCCGCGCACUACGGCGAUACCGCGGCGGUGGCGUCCAACGGCUCCGUGGAGUACAUGUCGCCGCGCGACGCCGACGGGCACGGGACGCACACGGCCACCACGGCGGCAGGCAGCGUGUCCUACGCGGCGAGCAUGGAGGGGUACGCGCCCGGCGUCGCCAAGGGCGUCGCGCCCAAGGCAAGGGUGGCCGCGUACAAGGUGUGCUGGAAGGGCGCCGGCUGCCUCGACUCCGACAUCCUCGCCGGCUUCGACCGCGCCGUCGCGGACGGCGUGGACGUCAUCUCCGUCUCCAUCGGCGGCGGCAAUGGCGCCACGUCGCCCUUCUACAUCGACCCGAUCGCGAUCGGCGCGUACGGCGCCGUCUCGCGGGGAGUCUUCGUGGCCACCUCCGCCGGGAACGAAGGGCCCGCCGCCAUGUCGGUGACCAACCUCGCGCCGUGGCUCGCCACCGUGGGCGCCGGCACGAUCGACCGCAGCUUCCCCGCCGAAAUCGUGCUCGGCGACGGGAGGCGUAUGGCGGGAGUGUCCCUCUACUCCGGCAAGCCCCUGGCCAACAACACCAUGCUGUCUCUGUACUACCCCGGGCGUUCAGGUGGGCUGUCCGCUUCGCUGUGCAUGGAGAAUUCCAUCGAGCCGUCGCUUGUGGCAGGGAAGAUCGUCAUCUGCGACCGCGGCAGCAGCCCGCGCGUGGCCAAGGGGAUGGUCGUGAAGGAAGCUGGUGGCGCAGCAAUGGUUCUCGCCAACGGAGAGGCCAACGGCGAAGGUCUAGUAGGCGACGCUCAUGUCCUCCCGGCUUGCUCGGUGGGCGAGAGCGAGGGCGACACGCUCAAGGCAUAUGCUGCCAACACCACCAAUCCGACUGCGACAAUUGUCUUCAGGGGCACUAUCGUCGGCGUCAAGCCGGCUCCGUUGGUGGCCUCCUUCUCUGCCCGCGGGCCCAACGGACUCGUCCCGGAGAUCCUCAAGCCGGACUUCAUCGCCCCUGGAGUCAACAUCCUCGCGGCCUGGACGGGUGCCACUGGUCCUACGGGCCUGGAAUCCGACCCCCGGCGGACAGAGUUCAACAUCCUGUCGGGCACGUCCAUGGCGUGCCCGCACGCCAGCGGCGCCGCCGCGCUGCUCCGGUCCGCGCACCCCGGGUGGUCGCCGGCAGCGAUCCGCUCCGCGUUGAUGACCACGGCAAUCGUCACCGACAACCGUGGCGGCGCGGUGAGCGACGAGGCCGAGCACGGGCGCGCCGCGACGCCGUUCGACUACGGCGCGGGGCACAUCACUUUGAGCAAGGCCCUAGACCCGGGCUUGGUCUACGACAUCGGGGACGAAGACUACGUGGUGUUCAUGUGCAGCAUUGGCUACGAGGCCAACGCGAUCGAGGUGAUCACUCACAAGCCGGUGUCCUGCCCCGCGGCGACGAACAGGAAGCUCUCGGGCUCCGACCUGAACUACCCGUCGAUCUCCGUGGUGUUCCACGGCAGCAACCAGUCCAGGACGGUGAUCCGCACGGCGACCAACGUCGGCGCCGAGGCAUCCGCGACGUACAAGGCGCGCGUGGAGAUGUCCGGCGCGGCGGCGAGCAGCGGCGUGUCCGUGGCAGUGAAGCCGGAGAAGCUCGUCUUCUCCCCGGCCGUGAAGAAGCAGAGCUUCGCGGUGACCGUGGAGGCGCCGGCCGGUCCCGCCGCGGCGCCGGUGUACGGGCACCUCGUCUGGUCAGACGGCCGCGGGCACGACGUCCGGAGCCCCAUCGUGGUGACGUGGCUGCAGCCUAUGUGAGUGGCAAGUUGGGACGGACACCCCGACCCAGUCACCCUUGCAUCAGAAGUCAAAAGGAGGUGGGCCGUACCGCCGUAGCGGCAACGGCUGCGGUCGGGACUGCGCAAUGAAGGUGUCAGGGCGCACGCAGUAGUACUUUAAUUACGUGGGGUCUUUUUCUCUGUUGAGAAAUUGAUUAAAGCCCAGGCUGUGGCAGUGUGGAGUACAGUGACAGCAGUGUGGAGUGUAGACUGUGUAGUUUGUUUGCUUUUGCGGGCAACGCCGGUUGCCGGGCCAUGGUGACACUAGUGUCAGGAGCAACGGAAACAAAGGGUGAAACAAGACAAAAGCUGAGAAAUUCCACUACUUAUAUUAGUUCGAGUGUGGACUACGGAUAACUCAUGUAGCUGCGUUCUCUUGUACUAAAUCUAAUCUAAGCUUUGUCAGUUUAUGGAGAGCCAUCUGUGGCUACCCAUUUUCUUUUCCUGCACGUGAGUAUCGACAGGUCAAUUUUCA